UAAAUCAGCUGCUGUCUAUCAUGUUAAUUAGCGUCGCGCAAACGCGGAAUUUCGCUUGUAAACUUCAGAUCACAUUUUAAUUGGUUUGUGUCGUAUUUUCUCGGUGGAAAAAACAAUGUCCCCUCCAGUUACGCGAGCGAGCUCCAGACUGGCGUUGGCUCGGCGGAAGGCGGCGGAGCCGGAGCCGGAGCCGGUGCCGUAUUCACUGCGCUCCAGAGCGCCGUUAGGAAACGCGUCUAAUGUGAUCGGUGUUCACCGAGCUGCAGAUGAGCCGAAGAGACACAAAGCUGCACGUGUAAAGAAGGACAAUGCGAAAACCAAGCAUGCAAAAGCCAAACCUCCUUCAACAGAGAACCAGAGCAUCUCUGAGGUGUGUGACACGGUCAAGCAGCCUGUUCCACACACUGAUGUCUGUCAGGACUCUGAGCAUCUUCAGAAACGGGCUGAUGCUCCUCCGGCUUUCUCCUGCCUGUUGCUCAACAUCCCAGAUGUGGAUUCUGCAGACGCUGGUGAUGCUCAGAUGUGCAGUGAAUAUGUGCGUGACAUCUACGCUUAUUUACAACAGCUCGAGGUUGCGAUGGCCAUCAGGCCGUGUUAUCUGGAAGGUCAGGAGGUGAGCGGAGACAUGCGAGCGGUCACCAUCGACUGGCUCAUGCAGGUACAGCGAGAGUUCAAACUGCGGCAGGAGACCCUCCUCAUGACCGUCAGCAUCAUCGACAGCUUCCUUCAGAGUAACCCGGUGCCCAAGAAGUAUUUGCAGCUGGUGUGUGUGACUGCAAUGCUGUUGGCAUCAAAGUACGAGGAGAUUUACCCGCCCACAGUGGGAGACUUUGUGUUCGUGUCGGAUGGCACAUACAGCUGUGGAGACAUUCGGAGAAUGGAGAGAACUAUCUUAAAGCGCUUAAACGACAGCCUCGGCCGACCUUUUCCUACUCUCUUCCUACAGAGGGCCUGUAAGGUUGGACAGCCACGCACUGAUUGGUUCUCCUGCUGCUGUCGACUGCAGGCCGGUGCGAGGGAACGCGAGCUGGCGUCGUUCCUGAUAGAAGUGUCCGCUCUGGACUAUGAUCUGGUCCACGUUCCUCCGUCUCUCACUGCAGCGGCUGCGUUUGCAGCAUCUCAGAGGAUUCUUGGCUGUGGCCUGUGGAGCGCGAGUCUGCAGCAUUACACCGGCUACAGCGAGGAGACUUUAGCUCCGGUGAUGCAGGCCGUCAUACGGAUUCUGGAGGAGGUUACUGACCAAUGCAAGUUGCAGGAGAUUAAGAGCAGGUUCGUGAAGGUUUCUAAAAGCAUCUGCAAGGUCGACGGAUUCUCCAGUGAUCUUUGGCACAAAGAUCAGUUUUAGUUUUGAGGCACUUGAAGAGUUUUUAGGCACUUAAACUGAUUUGUAUCAGGUUUUAAUUAUGCCUUUUAAUCCCAUGAUUUUGUUGCAUAAAAUGUUUUAUAUCAAGCUAAAGUGUCUGUACUAUGUUGCAUGAAUGAAAGCCAGAGAAUUAACUGAUGUAUUUACGUAAAUGUAAGUCUGCAUUUGAUACCGAGACGGUCAAUAAAUGAGUAUUCAUUUGAUUACAAAACCCAUGCAAUUUAA